AUGACCCACCUCUACAACCACCACCUACCUCCUCUGGUCAGCCCCUCGGUGUUGUACGUGUACGGCCCCGAGCGGCCCGGGAUGCCCCUGGGCUUCUCUCCUCCCGCUACUCUGGUUGGAGCCGAUCGGGCCGAGCCCCCCCAGAAGCCUCCCUACAGCUACAUCGCCCUUAUCGCCAUGGCCAUCAAAGACGCCCCAGAUCAGAGGGUCACGCUCAACGGCAUCUACCAGUUCAUCAUGGACCGUUUUCCGUUCUAUCACGACAACAAACAGGGCUGGCAGAACAGCAUCCGGCACAACUUGUCGCUCAAUGACUGUUUCGUCAAGGUGCCCCGGGAGAAGGGCCGCCCUGGCAAAGGCAGUUACUGGACCCUGGACCCCCGCUGCCUGGACAUGUUUGAGCACGGCAACUAUAGACGGCGGAAGAGGAAGCCCAAGCCAGGCCCUGGGGUCCAGGAGGCCAAGAAAGGCAAAGGGGAGGCGGAGGAGGCCGGAGCCCAGGACGCCCAGGACAGUAUCCAACGAGAUGUUGCUAUCUCAGGCCAGUCAAGCGGGCAGCCAGUUGAGAGCACAGCUACCUUGGGCCCUCCUCCGCCCCCUGGCCCGCGAGACACGGACCCGGAGGACGCUUCCCCUCCAAAAAAUGCCGACAAGCCCAAGAGCUUCAGCAUAGACAGUAUCCUGGCCCGGACACACAGCCAGAAGCCAGCCAGAGGGGGAGAGCUGGCAGGGGCAGCCAAACAUGCCGGGGAGUCGCUACCCGGGGGAUGCUUCAGCUCUGCCCUCUUUGCUAGCUCUCCCGGUCUCUGCCCGACUUUCAGUGGCUCCCUGAUGCUCGAUUCUCAAGUUCAAGGGCGACUUUACCAGCUGGGGAUCCCUCUUCUGUCAUAUUUCCCGCUCCAACUUUCUGACGCUCCUGGAACCUGUCCCUUGCAAGGGACACCAGCGACUGACCACGACCGAAGCGGGUGA